AUGAACCGGGUUUUUGUAUUUUUUAAAGACUUCUUUUGGUCCUACCAUGGAAGUGUUAGCUGCAAAAAUAUUAUUUUGCAAAGUAUCCAUUCAAUAGGCCUUUGGUAUGGUCCGAAAAUUUAUGGCAUUUACGGGUUGGCUAAAAUAUGUAUACUUUGUUUUCUAAUAACGAAUUUAACCCAAAUGAUAGCAGUUGUUAUGGCCACAGACAACGCAAAGAAACUAUAUGCUUGCUUCAGCGUAUUACCAUUUUGCACUAUCGGGUUUCUGAAAAUGUGGUCACUGUUUUGGAACGAAAAAUGUUGGCGUUCCAUUAUCACCCAGGCGUCGUCUUUGGAAUACGAGCAGUUGAACAACAGCUAUACUCCUUACGAAUAUGAAUCAGAUGACGAAAAUGAAAACAAUUUUAGUAAACACAUUGAUUCUUAUACAAAGAAUUUUUUUUUAGUUUCAAAUCGUUUGUCGCAAAUUUAUAUUUUCACAGCGAUUGUGUAUGUGGUGUCACCAUUUCUUGAAUACGGAAUAUAUUUGUACACCGGUCAACCUGUUAAAAGUAUUCCUCACAUAUUACCAGGAUGGUAUCCUUUAGACAGAUAUACGUUCGCCUACAUCAUAACAAUUUUUAUGGAAAUGGUUGCUGCAUUUUACUGUGUACGUGUCCAUAUAGUAUAUGAUGUAACAGCUAUAGGUUUGAUGAUUUUUAUUCGCGGUCAGUUUUCAUGUUUACAUGAUUAUAGCGAGCUAAUAGGUGGUAAAGGGAAAUCAUGCGACAUAUCUACUAGAAGAGACGAACGCGCGUUAUACAGAAUAAAGAAAUGCCAUCGUUUUCAUGUUUUGCUAAUAAAGACAAUUCACGAACUUGAUAGUUUAAUUCAUAAUAUUUUGGGCAUAUACUUUUUCGUGACUGCCCUCACACUGUGUUCAGUUGCGGUUCAGCUUAAUUCGGAGCAUGCUAGCAUCACGCACUUAAUAUCUCUUCUUCAAUAUAUGGGCGCUUCGAUAACUCAAUUGUUCCUGUUCUGUCAUUACGGAAACGCAGUAUUAAAUGAGAGUUCUGUUCCUAAUGGCAGAGGUCCGUUCUGUUCAGCGAUCUGGUGCCUCAGUGUGAAUGUGCGACGCGAAAUAGCCAUAUUGUGUGUAGGAAUGUCUCGUUGCUACAAAAUUAGUGCUGGGCCUUUUAAUUCACUCAAUUUAUCCUCUUUUAUUCAGAUAAUUCGCACUACAUAUAGUUAUUAUGCAUUUUUACGUCAAAGUACAAAGUAAAGACGAACUUGGACCACCGGAUAAAAUAUGUUAAACAUAUUCAUAGUUGCACAUUUCACAUUUUAAUAUGUAGAAUCUUUAUUAUAUAAUAUUAUCAUAUCACUUUUAUAAAAAAGAAACUAAUUUGUACAUUACAAACAAAAAAAAAAAUCUAAAAUAAUUGAAAUCGUGCAAUAGUUGAAUCGUGUAUGUGAUGUGUAUGGAUACCUAUACUUAUAUAAAUAAAGCCACUUUGGGUAAUUU